AUGUUGGGCCGCGCUCUCCUCACCUUCGACAGCCUCGGGCUCCUCUUCGGGGCUUGGGUCGCGGACAUGAACCACACGCACCAGCGGAACCCACGAUGGCCACCACAUGCAAAAUUCCACAACGCGCAGACCAUCGGGCUCAGCACGGUACUAGGCAUGGCUACCAUGUUCCUGACCUGGAGGCCGUUGCUGAUGGGCCCAUCGGCUGCUAUCGACCGCUACUCGCUGCAGCUGGCUGCCUUCACCGGCAGCGCCUACUGGCUCACCGGCCUGACGGCCAUUUACUUCCCCGAGGCCGACGGGCUCGAUCCCGAGUUCGGUGGGCCUGGCUUCCCCCAGAGGCCCAUCUUCCUGCUGUUCAUGGCCGCGGGGUUGGCGGGGUCGUAUCUGGAGCUCCGUUGA